GAAGUCGCCUCCAGGGCGCGGGGCUCGUGACGACCACUUCCGUGUUGUGCUGCGUGGUGGUGGUGUUGCUGUUGUGGGUGCCCGCCGUGUUUGUCUCUCCCUGCAGGGCGUUGGUAGUCGUUUUACUCCUCUUCCCCCGGCCGUGUUUGUCUCUCCCUGCUGUGCUGCUGCUCCUGCUGCUGCCGCUGCCAUGGCGACGAGGCGGCUGCUGCUUGUGGUGGCGGUGGCCGCGCUGACGCUGUGCGGCCUCCCCGGACUCGGAGCGGCCCAGGACUGUUCAUCCUUGAACAACAGCAGCUGUGAGAAGUGCCUGAAGAAUGUGACGUGCCUGUGGUGCAACACCAACAGCCGAUGCAUGGACUACCCGGUGAAGAGGAUCCUGCCGCACACGGAGGACUGCGCUUUGUCGGCGGCUCGCUGGGGCGUGUGCUGGGUGAACUUUGAGGCUCUUAUCAUCGCCAUGUCGGUGGUGGGAGGCAUCCUCCUCUUGGGCCUGGCCACCUGCUGUUACUGCUGUUGCCGCUCCCGCAAAAGCGGCCCGACUCGCGAGGAUGAACGCCUCCACCAGCAGCAGGAGGAGCGGCGCGCGCAGAGCGAGGAGAGGCGGGCCGAUCGUAAGGCAAGACACGACGAGAUCCGAAAGAAAUACGGCCUCAUCAAGGAUGACCACGCUUACUCUCGCCUGGCCAGCGCCUAGUGGGACGCUGGUGGCGCUGGUGCCAGCGCUCCGCACGGCUGCCACUCCGCUGGACAGGAAUGCGGUCGCAAGCACCGCACUCACCCUCACCCCGCUCACCCUCACCCCGCUCGCCCUCGCCCCGCUCACCCUCACCUUGCUCACCCUCAUCCCGCUUACCUUCACACUGCUCCUCCUCACCUGCACCCUUCUCACCCUCACCCCGCUGCUCCUCACCCUGACUCUACUCACCGUUACCCUGCUCAUCCUCACCCUUCUCACCCUUGCCCCUCUCUUCACCUCCUCCUCACCCUCGCCCUGCUCCUCCUCACCCUCUCACCUCUUUCCAGGAAGAUUCACCCCCCUGAUUUUUUUUGCAGUUCUGCCAAAUCUCAAGUACCGCAGGCUAUUAAGUUGGAACCGUACGUUUGAACGGGAAAUGAGUCGGGACUAAAGUUAAUGAAAUAUCGCAUAAUUCCGAAUGAGCAGAUGUGAGUUGGUGAGUAUUUCUGGGCAGCAUUGGGCUCCGGCUUUGCCUGGCGAUUUUUCGAGGCUGAUUGCAGCUGAGUGUACUUCCUUGUUUUAAGAGUUAGCAGAGUUCUUGAACCGCUUCCUCCUUGUAAAUGUUCCGCUCAUGUCUUUAAAACUUUCGUAAGCUGACUUCAUUGUUAACUUUAGUGAGACACUGUGGAACUAAACUAUUUUAAAACUAAACUUUUUUAUUUUACUAGAUUUUGCCCACUGAGCUACAUAGCUCUUUUUCAGAAGCGACUUGGCCACAAGUCAUAGCUCAAUGAAGUGGCCAAUCAUGUGGAA